UUGGACGGUCGCCGUGCCGUAAAGCGUGUUGUUCACAGAACGCAUGGGACAGAGCUGAUCCAGCGUGUGCGUUCAUCUGGAAUUUUGUCUCCUGGACACACGUUAGGAUGGAGGCCAAAUCCAAAAAACCUUUUUCUCCCAAAGCAGGAAAGAAGCUCAACCAGAAAGGAAAAGAUUCAAUCGGGACCAAACUUGGAGGAAAACCAGGGAACAAACCGGGCGGCAAAAAGCCUUUUAAACCGUACAACAACUCAGAGAAGAAGAACCGACCGGGGAAAGGAGGAAAUGGAGGCAAGAGAGAGCAGAAGUUUGGUUUCUCUAAAGGCGGGAAAGGAGCGCUGGGGAAGAGGAGGAUGUCAACAGAUAAAGACGAAGGAGAAGAAGGUCCGACGGCUAAGAGGGGAAAGAAGGAGCCGCUGACGAAGGAGGAGCUGAACAAGAUCCGUCAGCAGAAGAAGAAAGACCUGAAGAAGAGCCGGCAGCAGGCGGAGAGGAAGGACAUGUUCGAGAUCAUCUGUCAGUCCAAACAAGUGUGGGGGGAACUGAGGAGGAAAAACUGUGACGACGACUCGAAGAAGAAACUGAUGAAGAACCUUCAUGAUCUGAUGAGAGGGAAAGUCAAACAGAUGGCGUUUGCUCACGACUCUGUGCGAGUUCUUCAGUGCUUCAUUCAGUUUGCCAGCCACGAGCAGAGACAGGAAGUGUUUGAGGACCUCAAAGACGACAUCAUUGGUUUGUGUAAGUCUCAGUACGGCAGACAUGUGGUGAAGAAGCUGCUGAUGUACGGGAACAAGGAUCUGGUGGCGGCUGUGAUUCUGUCCUUCAAAGGUCACGUGAAGGCGAUGCUCCGCCAUGCUGCUGCCUCCUCCAUCAUUGAGUACGCCUACAACGACAAAGCAGUGCUCAGUCAGAGACUCCUGCUGAGCGACGAGCUCUACGGGAACACCUUCACCAUCUGCAAGUCUUUAGUGUGUAACACCAUCGACAAAGUUCUGGAGGCGAAUCCGGACAAAGCGAACAACAUCAUCGACGAGAUGAAGCAGAUUCUGACACCCAUGGCCCAAAAAGAACAAGUGAUCAAACAUUCUCUGGUCCACAAAGUUUUCCUGGAUUUCUUCCUGUUUGCUGCUGAUAAACAGAGAACGGAGAUGAUCGAGUCCAUCAGAGAGUCGGUCGUCUACAUGGCUCACACUCACGACGGAGCUCGAGUGGCGAUGCACUGUUUGUGGCACGGAACGGCAAAGGACAGAAAAAUCAUCAUCAAAACCAUGAAGACGUACAUGGUGAAGUUUGCAACGGGGGAGUUUGGUCACCUGGUUCUUCUGGCCGUGUUUGACUGUGUGGACGACACCAAGCUGGUCAAACAGGCGGUCCUCUCCGAGAUCCUGGCGUCUCUGGACGAAGUCAUCGGGAAUAAAUACGGGAAGAAGGUUCUGCUGUACCUGCUGAGUCCCAGAGAUCCGGCUCACCUGCUGCCGGAGAUCAUCAAGGUGUUGGAGAAAGGAGACGGAAACGCUCACAGUAAAAAGGACGCAGCGGUUCGGAGGAAGGAGCUGCUGGAGGUCGUCUCCCCUCCGCUGCUGGAGUAUCUCCAUGACAACGCCGCCACCAUGGCGAUGGACAAGGCGACCAGCGUCACCAUCAGCGACAUUCUGGCGUCGGCCUGCGGAGACCUGAGACCCGCCAUGACGGCCGUGGCUCAGCUGGCCAAUCAGGAGUUAGUACCAGGAGGGAUCAGCGGACAGCUUCACAUGGCUGAACAUCCAGCAGGACACCUGGUGUUAAAGUGGCUGAUAGAGCAGGACAUCACACUGGCAGAAGCUGGAAAAGAAGAGCGCUUCGGUCGGAUCCUGGUCGACACUGUGGGGACAGAAAAAAUGAAGACGUGGGUCAAAGUGAACAGAGGAGCCAUGGUGCUCUGCAGCCUCCUGAACAGCUGUGACAAGUCUGUGGUUGAAGAAGUGAAGGCGGCGCUGAAGUCCAUCACAUCUGAGCUCAGCAGCUUCAGCAACAACAAAGGAGCAGAAAUCCUGCUGGAGAAUCUGAACAAGUAGAGACUCUACUCCAAACUAACUGCUCAGGUUGGAGUUUGUGGACUUUUUCCUCCAGGAAGCACCGAAACCAGAUCGUUCUCUGGAUCCUGUUGACCAAUUUCAGCCUCUGAUGGGAGAAUUUGUUUGGAAUUAUUAAAUAAAAGUGUUUUGAGGACGAGAUGAUGCAGCAGGAGAACAGGUUAGAACACACAGAUGUUACUUCUGCGAUAAAUUCUCUAACAGAGACAACAGCUGCUCUGAGUUUCUCUUUUCAGUCACCGUUAAGCAACACUUCUACACAAAACUCACCAGAUAAACUAGAAACUUUGGCUUUUAAACCACUGAAAAUGUAACAAUCUUCUGCAGAAAGUCUUGAUCUUCAUUGACUUUAUGUCAACAUUGACUGAACUCAGUAACAAAAGAUAAAGUCCUGGUUUCUCUGCAGUCGAGGUAAACGGUAAAAUGAGAAUUUAUAGCUCAGAAACAGCUUUUCACAGUCGGUCUGCCCAAAAGUAUAAAAACAAAUCACCGUCCUCUAACGGUUUCUGUUCAUUAGAACAGUUUUUUUUCUGAGCGAUCCAUCUUCCCCUCAGAGCCCUGGAGCUGAAUAGAAAUGAUUUCUGCCGUGGAAAACAGACGCAGGUGGACAAAUAAAAUCAGUUUUGGUCAUUUGGGUGAAGCUACCCUUUAGCCAGGACUCAUGAUGUUCUGGUUUAGAUCUUUUUGUUUUGUAAGAUUUUGUAUGUUGUGAUAAACUGUAUGAACUUAAAACAACUAAAGAUUAUUGUGAGAACUAAA